GGGUGUCGCCUACCAGAAGGACGCGCCUCCUCAUGAAUAUUCAAACUCAGGGGUGGGGUCUUAACCCUUCGCUGCCGGGCCGGCCGGAAAGCAGCCCCUCCCCCUCCGCAGGCGGGAACAGGAUGUAAGCCCCGGCGACAGCGGGGGAGGGGAAACCCCGGGCGACCGCCCCCCGCCUCACAGCUGGGAUCGGACUCUCCCGCCCCAGAUGUGGCGCCGCCGCCGUCACACGAGCCCCGUGUCACCCAGCCGGGAGCCCGAGGGGUCCAGAGGCUCGGACCCGGGCGUCCGGAAUUUCUGCACCGCAUCCUGAGAGACCCUGAGGUCCAGGCCCCGGCGCCCAGGCUGGAGGACUUGAGCCAUCCAGGUGCGCAGCGCCCCCUUCUGGAGCAGCCGGGAGCCCGGACGUCACCCCGGGGGACCCUGGAGGCCGAGCGCCCCGUAUUCCCGGUUUCAAGAACUCAGGAUCCAGGACAGCAGACGCCCUCCAGGGCUCCGAUCCCCAGACCCCGCGUUGGAGGAACUUGAGAUCCGGACUUCUAAGCGCCCCAACCAGUUUUGGGCUGCAGCGUCCAUCACUUCAAGGGGACCCAGGACUUUGGGACCCCCCUGUGCUCCAACCUGGAGGGAGUUUCAUUCCUGCCCCUGGAAUUAGGGGAACUCAGAAAUCCACCCCCCACCCCACGGCCCUACCUAGAAGACUCGGGAAUGUGUGUGGGUCCCCAGCGCCCCCAUCUGAGGCUCCAGAGUCGAGGCUCCUAGCAUCCCCUACUUAGAACACCGAUAAAUUCCGACUGCGGGACCCCAGUCUCCGAGAGACCCCAGAUUCUAUUCCUGGAGCCUGAGAGCCCGAAGUUCACGCCCCUGAGUCUGGGCUCCGCACCUCCCCGGGGACCGCGUCGGGGUCGCGCAGGAGCCGGGCUGCCUCGGGCCGGGGCUUGAGGCUCCCCGGGAGGACUCUGCUGGGCCGCUCAGCCAUGCCAGAGGGAGCCCAAGGACUGAGCCUCUCCAAACCUAGCCCAAGCCUCGGGUGUGGCCGAAGAGGUGAAGUGUGUGACUGUGGCACCGUUUGUGAGACUCGGACAGCAGCUCCUGCAGACCCCACCAUGACCUCCCCCCGAGGUUCUGGGAGCUCCACAUCCCUGAGCACAGUGGGCUCUGAGGGGGAUCCAGCCCCGGGACCCACUCCAGCCUGCUCAGCCUCCAGGCCAGAGCCCCUUCCAGGGCCCCCCAUCCGCCUACAUCUCUCUCCGGUGGGCAUCCCAGGUUCAGCCAAACCCUCAAGGCUGGAGCGUGUGGCCCGGGAGAUCGUGGAGACAGAGCGGGCCUAUGUCAGAGACCUCCGCAGCAUCGUGGAAGACUACCUGGGCCCUCUGCUGGACGGCGGGGUCCUAGGGCUGAGCGUGGAGCAGGUGGGCACGCUGUUUGCCAACAUUGAGGACAUCUACGAGUUCAGCAGCGAGCUCCUGGAGGACUUGGAGAACAGCAGCAGCGCUGGGGGCAUUGCCGAGUGCUUCGUGCAGAGGAGCGAGGAUUUUGACAUCUACACAUUGUACUGCAUGAACUACCCGAGCUCCCUGGCCCUGCUCCGGGAGCUGUCAUUGUCUCCGCCAGCAGCGCUGUGGCUGCAGGAGCGCCAGGCCCAGCUUCGCCACUCACUGCCCCUGCAGAGCUUCCUGCUGAAACCUGUCCAGCGCAUCCUCAAGUACCAUCUGCUGCUGCAGGUCAUUGGACGAGGCCUGAAGAGGCAUCCUCUGACUUUCUGUACCAGGCUGUGCACCUGGGAAGGGAUCCAGUCCCUAGAAACUGGGCCAUGCAGUGAGCAGAGAUGGCGCCAUUGCGCUCCAGGCUGGGCAACAGAGCGAGACUCCAUCUCAAAACAAACAAACACAAAUGAAGGGGAUUGGGGCUUGGGGUCCUCUGUGAGGGAGGAGUCUCGGCUUUUGCCUUCCAUUGCUUUCCCUCCUUCACAGCACGCUGGCAGCGAAGGUGAACUCUACCCCUCAGAAUCUCAGCCACCAAUUUCAGGCUCUGGACCGCCUGAGGACCUAGAGGAUGCUGGACCUCCAACACUGGACCCCUCUGGGACCUCAAUCACUGAAGAAAUCCUGGAACUGCUAAAUCAGCGAGGCCUUCGAGAUCCAGGGCCAUCCACACAUGACGUUCCCAAGUUUUCCGGAGACUCCCAGGUGCCUGGCGACAGUGAAACCCUCACAUUCCAAGCCCUGCCCAGCCGGGACUCUUCUGAAGAGGAGGAGGAGGAGGAAGAAGGACUGGAGAUGGAUGAACGGGGGCCUUCCCCACUCCAUGUCCUGGAGGGGCUCGAAAGUUCCAGUGCAGCUGAAAUGCCCAACAUUCCCUGCCUUACCAAAAUUCCUGACGUGCCCAACCUUCCUGAAAUUCCCAGCCGCUGUGAAAUUCCCGAAGGUCCCCGCCUUCCUAGUUUCUCUGACAUUUCCGGUGUUUUUGAGAUGCCCUGCCUUCCAGCCAUGCCUAGUGUCCCCGACACCCCCAGUCUUUCUAGCACUCCCACCCUCCCCUGUGACUCCUGGCUUCAGGGGCCUCUGCAGGAACCAGUUGAGGCUCCAGCCACCAGGAGAGAACUGUUCUCUGGAAGCAAUCCUGGGAAACUGGGAGAGUCGCCCUCAGGAGGCAAGGCAGGGCCAGAGGAGGAUGAGGAAGGGGUAUCAUUCCCAGACUUCCAGCCCCAGGAUGUCACCCAACAUCAGGGAUUCCCAGAUGAGCUAGCAUUCCGCUCUUGCUCAGAAAUCCGGAGUGCCUGGCAGGCAUUGGAGCAGGGGCAGCUGGCCCGGCCAGGCUUCCCAGAGCCACUGCUGAUCCUGGAGGAUUCGGAUCUGGGUGGAGACAGCAGGAGUGGGAAGGCCGGAGCCCCGAGUUCGGAAAGGACAGCAUCCCGAGUGCGAGAGCUGGCCCGGCUUUACAGUGAGCGGAUCCAGCAGAUGCAGCGGGCGGAGACUCGGGCAUCAGCCAACGCCCCUCGCCGCCGGCCUCGGGUUCUGGCCCAACCCCAGCCAUCCCCCUGUCUGCCCCAGGAGCAGGCGGAGCCAGGGCUCCUGCCUGCCUUUGGACACGUGCUGGUGUGUGAGUUGGCCUUCCCGCUGACAUGUGCCCAGGAGUCUGUCCCCCUGGGUCCUGCUGCCUGGGUUCAAGCUGCCAUACCUUUGUCGAAGCAGGGAGGCAGCCCGGAUAGCCAGGGUCUACAUGUUUCAAAUUUGCCUAAGCAAGACCAUCCGGGCAUCCACGUUUCAGCUGCUACCCUUCUGCCUGAACAAGGAGGUUCCCAGCAUGUCCAGGCUCCAGCCGCUACACCUUUGCCCAAGCAGGAAUGCCCCCUACACCUCCAGGUGCCGGCUCUUACAAGUUCCCCUGAUCCAGGCCACCCGGAAACCCAAGUUCCAGCUACCACUCCUUUGCCUGAGCAUAGAAGUCACGUGGCUAUACCAGCUCCAUCCACUGCCUUUUGUCCUGAACAGGGACACUGUGUGGACAUCCACGUUCCCACCACUCCAGCUUUGCCCAAGGAGAUUUGUUCUGAUUUCACAGUUUCAGCCACCACUCCUGUGCCCAAGCAAGAAGGUCAUCUAGACAGCGAGAGCUCAACCAAUAUCCCACUAACAAAGCAAGGAGGUUCCAGGGAUGUUCUGGGCCCAGACCCUGUCUGCAGUCAACCCAUCCAGCCUUUGUCUUUGCAUGGAAGCAGCCUGGACCCCCAGGGCCCAGGCAACAGCCCACCGCCCUUGCCAUGUCAUCUCCCAGACCUUCAGAUUCCAGGUACCUCACCUUUGCCUGCACAUGAAAGCCACCUGGACCAUCGGAUCCCAGCCAACGCCCCACUGUCUCUGUCCCAGGACCUUCCAGACACUCAGGUUCCAGCUACCACACCUUUGCCCCUACCACAAGGCCUCACAGACAUCUGGGUCCAAGCCCUCCCAACUUCGCCCAAGCAGGGAAGCCUCCCAGACAUCCAGGGUCCAGCGGCUACACCUCCACUUCAGGAGCCGAGCCUUACAGAUACACAGGUCCAAAAACUCACACCUUUGUUGGAGCAGAAGAGCCUCACAGAUGCCCAUGAUCCAGCUGCCACACCUUUACCUGAGAGAGGAAGCUCUCUAGACAUUCAGGGCCUCUUACCCACCCCAUUUCAGACCACCAUGGUUUUGUCCAAACCAGGAGGCUCCUUAGCCUCUCAUGUUGCCAGGAAUCUAUGGGCCUUCGCAGGGCCCAGGGGUCUCCUGAUGCCCGUUUCCAUAUGUGAGCCAGGACAUGAGACUUCCCCAAAGCAAAGACUGCAGCCAGAUGCCAUAGACCCUCAGAACUUGACCCGGAAGUCCAGACACUGAACGCAGGCCUCAAAACUGCUGCGGCUUUCCAGCUCCUGGUUUCUGCAUCGGUGAAUGGCCCUUCUUGCCUUGAUCCACAGGGAUGGGGAAGGGAAUGUCAUCAACGUUUUGUUAAUACUGAUUGUUUCAUGCGAUGAUGUGUAUUUUCCUAUUCUGGAGGCUGUGGGGGAUGACAAGACAAUGAAUGGGAAAGUCUAACACAGAACAAAUCAGUGGUUCUGAACACUUGGGGAAUCUCAGACUCCUCUGAGAAUUAUUGGAAAAUGGAUCCACUAUAAUUUGGA